ACCCUGCGAACGACCUCUGAGUUUCCAUGCUGCUGCCUUUUUGUGUUCUCGUGGGUGAAUGUUUCUGGCAGCUCAAUAAUCAGGUUACCAUGGGAUUACUCUAUAAUCUUUGGCUUGCCAAGACCUGCUCUCACAGCCACGGGGCAAAUGGAGAUCAUUCGGUCUAAAACAAUUAAGCUGAGUUUGAUGAUGAAUGAAUACAGCACUGUUAGGAAUAUUCAAGAUCCUGAAAAACCCAAAGCACCGGCUAAAAAGGCAGCAAAGCGUAAAGCAGGGGAGACAUCCACAGGUGAAGAGGAGAAGGAAAAUCAAGGUGUUGGGAAUGAUACUCCACCCAAAACUGGAAGAAUGGUUGAUCCAGACAAACCCAAAGCACCAGCCAAAAAGGCAGCAAAGCGUAAAGCAGACAAACCUGAAGUGCCGACCAAAAAGGCAGCAAAGCCUAAAACAGGCAAACCCAAAACACUGACCAAAAAUACAACAACGCCUAAAACAGGUGUGACUCAGCAUGACAAGCCUAGUAAAAAGUGUGUAAAAGGCUACAUCCACAAUGUAUCUAAAAUAAUGCUUUCGGCCAAAAAAAACAAAUACUUCACAGCUCUGUUCCAAAAGGCAAAAACCUGUUCCAAACUUUUGGUUUUCAAAGAGGAGCAUCAUCAAGAGUAUGUUGCAGCUGAGAAAAAUCGAAUUCCAGUAAAACUGGAAAACAUCGAGUAUGAGCACCAGCGUACAGGUGAAACAGACAUUAAGGCUGGGUGGGAUUCCAAGCUUUCCUCCUUGAAAAAAUUACCUUUUUCAUUUGAUGCCACCAAGAAACAAGAAACCAACGCUGAACACAAGAAAAUUCGAGACAUUCUUAAAAACCCCAUCAUCAAUCAACGAGUUCAUGUAGCAGUAAAGAUAAUGAAAAUACAGAAGAAAGGAAAAGAAGUAACAAGGGCAAACCAAACACUUCCCAAGACUGUGUACACAGUCUCGGAUAAAAGUGGCGACUUGGACCUUACUGUUUGGAGAAAAAGGAAGAAUUUGUCCGUUGGCAAGUGGUACCACCUGAGUAACGUGUCUGUCAGGGAAUUCUGUGGAAAAGCCACGCUGACCACUACCCCACAGACAAUAAUUAAAGAAGUAGCAGAAGCCAAAGCUGCUGGGAGUUUUACAGAUCCUGGAAACAAAGGUGUCAAAGAGGUUCAAACCUAUGCUGGAGGAGAGCAGGCAAAGAAAAGAAAGGUGGCAUCGACAAAUGAAACAACAGCAGGUUUGGCUGUUAAUAUCAAUGUAAGUGGCGGCAGCACUGUAAAUGUUCCUCUAAUAAACGAAACAGAAGCAAGAAGCAUGACUUUAACUGCAAAUAUGAACAGCAGCAACAAAUGAGGACUGAUGACCAACAGUACGUACUGAAAGAUAAGCUGGAGAAGCUGAAGACAUUUUAGAUGAGUCCAAUAUUUAGAUGAAAUACAUUUCAUUAUACAGGGUUCGUACGGGUGCUUAAAAUCCUGAAAAAUGCUUGAAUUUUAACGUUCGGUUUUCCAGGCCUGAAAAGUGCUGGAAUUUUGGAGAAAGUGCUUGAAAAUGCUUGAAAUUCUAAUUACAUUUACUUUACAAUGAAGUAUCGCUGAAUCACAGUUUUGAGAUAUCACUGUUAAUUUUCCACAAUGAAAGGUGCUGGAAAAACUUGAAAAUGGGCCUUAAAAUUUGUAUGAACCCUGAUUAUCAAAAGGCAUGUAAUUUAAUAAUUGCUGUUGUUUUUUGUUUUUGAUUUACUUUUUUUGACUUUUGCUUAUAAAAAAAACCUUCUAUUAUUUGUUUUAUGGGUGUUGGGAAUCUAAGGGGUUACACAUUUGCAUGCAGAGGUGUCAUGUAAGGAAGUACAAUUUCUUUAUUACGUUCCUUUAUUUUCUGAACUUUCUACUUCUUACAAUUUAGAAAUAGCCUUGAUACUCCUAUUUCAUUUCAGAUGUUUUUUGACUAAUCUCUUCAUCCAGAUCCAGAGUGAAUUACUGCUAGUGAUUGCUUUUACUUUUACACUUGAAGUAGUUUUAAAUCCAGUACUUUUACACUUUUACUUAAUGAAUAAAAAGCUUAAGUUGAUACUUCAACUUACUACCUACAGAGUAAUAGAUGCAAAUAUUUUUCACACCUUUGAUGGUAUAAAAGUGUUUAAAUUCAUGUUUUUAAAUGGGAGUUUGGUUUUGGUGGUGGAGGGUUUGGAGGGUUUAAUUAGUAUUUUUAUGUAUACAAAAUGCAUUAUGUUCGUACUCAUCCUUCUGGAAAGUGGCUGUAAUGUUUAUUUGGUCCUUCUCACAUGAAAAUAUCAUGUAAAAUGAACAUUUUUAUCCAAGACACAAUAAAAAAUAUUUUGCCCAAAUGUGAAA